AUUGUGCGCAAUCUCAUCACAUGAUUUUCGUAUCGUUUUGCUGCUGUCACAUGAAAUAACAUAAGAAGGUUUUUCAUUUUCAACUACGGUCGCCACAAAAAUCAUUACCAGUCCAUCAAAUAUUGAUAUUUUCGGUAGUAAAAUCAUCGGAAAUUAGUUUGACCGUAAAAAAAAAAGAACAAGACAUCAAAGCCAGCUUUCGAGUGACUAAUAUUGAUAGGCAGAGAAAAGACCACAUAAAAGCCGAUCCAAAAUGCGUUACAUAUUAGGAUAUUCGUUUGGAGCAACGCUGCUCUCAGUGUCAACAAUUCUAAUAUUGUAUCAUGUGCUGACGGGAAAAGGUGAACGUGUCAGUGUUGCCUGGUUUUUGAGCGAAACAUCGCCCUAUAUGUGGGCCUCAAUUGGUAUUGCAAUGGCUGUUGCAUUGUCGGUGGUCGGUGCUGCCAUGGGCAUUUACACGACUGGCGUUAGCAUUAUUGGUGGCGGUGUGAAGGCACCCCGUAUUAAAACGAAAAAUCUCAUCUCCGUCAUUUUCUGUGAGGCUGUUGCCAUUUACGGUUUAAUCACGGCCAUCGUAUUGACGGGCAGCAUGGAAGAAUUCCAUUUGGGCUCCAUCAAUUCGGAUCCCAAUUCACAACAGAUUUACUAUAACAAUUGGACCGGUGGUUACUUGAUGUUCGGUUCCGGAUUGGCUGUUGGUUUGGUGAAUUUGUUCUGCGGCUAUGCGGUCGGUGUGGUUGGCUCUGGUGCGGCCUUAGCUGAUGCAGCCAAUCCAAAUUUGUUUGUGAAAAUUUUGAUUGUCGAAAUUUUCGGAUCAGCCAUUGGUUUGUUCGGUUUGAUUGUCGGCAUUUAUAUGACAUCAAGAAUUAAAAUGGGCGACAAAAUCUAAGCAUUUUAAUACAACAUCAACAACACAUAAAAAAAUGUCUAGUUUUUAUUUGAUUUGUUCAGCACAAUUCAAAAAACCAGUUCAAUCAUAAUGUUUCUUUUCAACAAAUAAAAAACAACAACAACAACAACAAAAAUUUAAUAAUUUACGAGCAGAGCCAAAAUGCCUAAGAAAAAAAAAUAGCUAGGGCGAAUCAAUGCCGUGUUUGUACGACCAACAAAUCCAUCAUAAAACCCAUCAGUGUUUGGUCACUUUGUUUUUGUGUGUAAAAGGUGUCUCAAGUGAUCCACUCGAAAUCGAUGUAAUCGAACAAAAAGUAUUUCUAACCAAAAUUCUGCGCUUUUUUUCUUCGCUCACAUGAUCUCACACACAAACAUAUCACACACGCGACAAUGAUUUGCAUCUUCAAAUUCAAAUGAAACUGCUCAUUCCAAAAGGCGAUCGCUGAAAAAUCAAAUGGUGUAUUAUCCAGAGAACAAUCGUUUGGAGAAAAUUUAAAAUGAAUCAGUGUGAAUCAAUCCAAUAUCCGAUUCAAUCAUUAGCUAUUUUUUUAUAUUCGGUUGUUCUCCCGUGGCAUUUUGGGGUUGAUUGGAUUUAAUUAGUCGUUUAGUUAAAUAAUAUAUAAUAAUCGUGUAAUUAUUGAAACAUGUUAAACUGUACACAUUAAAAUAUCAAAUGAAAGUCAAUAUAUGAUGCGAAAAAGAAUGAAAAAAAAAAUUCAACAACACAUACAAUUCCUGCAAACAUUUAAACUACCAAAAUUUAUUGGCGUAAUGGCUUAAGAGCAUGCAAAUGUUCACAUCAGCAUUCAUUUCUUUAUUGUUCCGAUCAAAUACCAUUUUAUUUUGAACAUUUUGAACCAACUUAUCAGAUUGAUGUAAAUAUUUGCAAAGAAUGUUCCACAUAAAUAAAAUGAAAAACCACAUUAAAAAACAUGUACUAUAUAUAAGUAGAAAA